UGUUUUGUGGAGAUUUCUCCAUUCUCACAGAAGCCGAAGGUGACCCAGAGCAUCAUCGCCAAAUGCACCCAAUCCAAGCGUGUGCAAUUGAGUGUUCUGCCGCCCUUUGACUUUUCCUGGCGGAUCUUAUCGCUACAGCACGCCCUGAUCACCACCGUUAUCCCGGACAAGCCGUUUGUUCUAGAGGCCAGUUUACGAAAUGCAUCACCCUGGAACAUCGAAAUCGCAUACGCGAAGCCUGUUUUAGGUCCUGGUGUUGAUUUCCUGGAUGGGAAAAGUGACCCUCAACUCACUAACGUUUGCCUACAAUCUUCCGAGGUUGCCACUGGUGUGCAGGUGCUUAUAGUUCUGGACAAUAAUGCGAAUACUGAUUUUGUGAACCUUGGUCAUUAUGUUGCGCGCUGGCGGCGGUAA